AACUACAAACAAACCUUUUCUGAGUGUCCGCCAUCUUGGCUCCGCUGGCUCCUACAGGGAAAGAGGACUGGGAGGAAGCCCGGCGGGGAGCCUCACAGCUCGGAUGUAACCGUGAUCUUUUUCACAGACAGUUAGACCGACGGAUCAGCCCCGGACGGACGGACUGAGACCGGCUGAGUCCGCGGUUUGUGGUUUUCCACCUCGGUUUCACUCCGAAAACCCGCAAACACCAAACCGAGGAUAACGCUAAGCUAACGGCUAACGGGGCCGGACUACCGGUGGUCAGCGGCGGACUGAAACUCCAGACUGACCCGGGGACAUCCAGCGGGACUCUGGCCCGGGAUAAACAGCGGGUCUGUGGUUUUAAAACACUGCAUCAUGGAGGAAUUACCCGGUUUAUAACCUGAGUUAGCACGGAGUGGAGCCUCAGGUCGCUGAGAGAAUGUUUGACAUUAGCUCGGUUUAAUCCCGCUCCAACAUAAUCCGAGACAUGGGGAAAUGUGCUGUCUGAGGGCUGGAGGGGACCACCCUGUCCCGGGUUAGAGAGUCUGCUGUCCCGGGUUAGAGAGCCUACUGUCCCGGGUUAUACAGAGCCUCCUGUCCCGGGUUAAACAGAGUCUGCUGUCCCGGGUUAAACAGAGUCUGCUGUCCCGGGUUAUACAGAGCGUGCUGUCCCAGGUUAAACAGAGUCUGCUGUCCCGGGUUAGAGAGCCUGCUGUCCAGAGCGAAACAGAGUCUGCUGUCCCGGGUUAAACAGAGUCUUCUGUCCCGGGUUAGAGAGCCUGCUGUCCCGGGUUAUACAGAGCCUGCUGUUCUGGGUUAGAGAGCCUGCUGUCCUGGGUUAGAGAGCCUGCUGUCCCGGGUUAUACAGAGCCUGCUGUCCUGGGUUAGAGAGCCUGCUGUCCCGGGUUAGAAAGUCUGCUGUCCCGGGUUAAAUAGAGCCUGCUGUCCCAGGUUAAACAGAGCCUGCUGUCCCGGGUUAAACAGAGUCUGCUGUCCCGGGUUAGAGAGCCUGCUGUCCUGGGUUAGAGAGCCCGCUGUGCUGGGUUAGAGAGCCUGCUGUCCAGAGCCAAAGAGAGCCUGCUGUUCUGGGUUAGAGAGCCUGCUGUCCCGGGUUAUACAGAGCCUGCUGUUCUGGGUUAGAGAGCCUGCUGUCCUGGGCUAGAGAGCCUGCUGUUCUGGGUUAGAGAGCCUGCUGUCCUGGGUUAGAGAGCCUGCUGUCCCGGGUUAGAAAGUCUGCUGUCCCGGGUUAAAUAGAGCCUGCUGUCCCAGGUUAUACAGAGCCUGCAGUCCCGGGUUAAACAGAGCCUGCUGUCCCGGAUUAAACAGAGCCUGCUGUCCCGGGUUAGUCAGAGUCUGCUGUCCCGGAUUAAACAGAGCCUGCUGUCCCGGGUUAGACAGAGCCUGCUGUCCCGGGUUAGACAGAGCCUGCUGUCCCGGAUUAAGCAGAGCCUGCUGUCCCGGGUUAGACAGAGCCUGCUGUCCUGGGUUAGAGAGCCCGCUGUCCUGGGUUAGAGAGCCUGCUGUCCCAGGUUAGACAGAGCCUGCUGUCCCGGGUUAGACAGAGCCUGCUGUCCCGGAUUAAGCAGAGCCUGCUGUCCCGAGUUAGACAGAGCCUGCUGUCCUGGGUUAGAGAGCCCGCUGUGCUGGGUUAGAGAGCCUGCUGUCCCAGGUUAAACAGAGCCUGCAGUCCGGGGUUAAACAGAGCCUGCUGUCCCGGAUUAAACAGAGCCUGCUGUCCCGGGUUAGACAGAGCCUGCUGUCCCGGAUUAAACAGAGCCUGCUGUCCCGGGUUAGACAGAGCCUGCUGUCCCGGGUUAGACAGAGCCUGCUGUCCCGGAUUAAACAGAGCCUGCUGUCCCGGGUUAGACAGAGCCUGCUGUCCCGGGUUAGACAGAGCCUGCUGUCCCGGAUUAAACAGAGCCUGCUGUCCCGGGUUAGACAGAGCCUGCUGUCCCAGGUUAGACAGAGCCUGCUGUCCUGGGUUAAACAGGGCCUGCUGUCCUGGGUUAAACUGUGAAUUCAGACCAGGUCAUUAGCAGGAACUCUAUAUCAGACUGUUCCAGGUUGAAGGAUCUACUAUAGUGACUGUGAGCGCCACCAUGGGGUCAGCAAUCAGGGCAGCCUUCAGCGUGUUCCUCAUGUCCUUCUGCUCUGGUGCUAUCCUGGGCCGCUCCGACACUCAGAAGUGUAUCCACUUCAACUACAGCCCCUCCUCCUCCUCCUCGUCUUCAUCAGCAGUGGAGGGUCGGGGGAAUGCCAGUAAGGUGGUCACCUGCUCUGGAGAGAAAGAGAAAAGACUUCACUGCUUUGCUACCUGGAAGAACGUUUCAGGUGUGAUUCAGGUGGUGAAACAGGGCUGCUGGCUGGAUGAUGUCAACUGCUACGACAGCUCUGAGUGCGUGGAGAGGAAAGAUUCUCCUGAAGUCUUCUUCUGCUGUUGUGAGGGAAGUUUGUGUAAUGACAGGUUCUUCUACAUUCCUGACAGCAGCCUGCCUCAGAUCCAGACUACAAACAAGCCAGUGACGCCCAAGCCGCCGGUGCUGACCGCUCUGAUGUAUUCUCUGCUCCCCAUCAUGGCCCUCACCGCCAUCGUCCUCUUCUCCUUCUGGAUGUACCGACACCACAAACUGGCCUACCCGCCUGUGCUGGUGCCCACGCAGGACCCUGGGCCCCUGCCCCCCUCCCCCAUCCUGGGACAGAAGCCUCUACAGUUACUGGAGAUCAAAGCCAGGGGGCGGUUUGGCUGCGUGUGGAAGGCUCAGCUGCUCACUGAAUAUGUUGCUGUGAAGAUCUUCCCUAUCCAGAACAAGCAGUCGUGGCAGAACGAGUACGACAUGUUUAUUCUGAGUGGGAUGAGACAUGAGAACUUACUGCAGUUCUUGGGAGCAGAGAAAAGAGGAAGUCACCUAGACAUGGAGCUGUGGCUCAUCACCGCCUACCAUGAGAAGGGCUCUCUCACGGACUACCUGAAGGCCAACGUGCUCUCCUGGUCUGAACUCUGUGUCAUCGCCCAGUCCAUGUCUCGGGGCCUGGCCUACCUUCAUGAGGACAUCCCAGGACACAAGGACGGACACAAACCGGCCAUCGCUCACAGGGACUUUAAGAGUAAAAACGUGCUGCUGAAGUCCAACCUGACUGCCUGCAUCGCUGACUUUGGCCUGGCUCUGAGGUUUGAGGCAGGAAAGUCUCCAGGAGACACUCAUGGACAGGUGGGGACGAGGAGAUACAUGGCCCCUGAGGUUCUGGAGGGGGCCAUAAACUUCCAGAGAGACGCCUUCCUGAGGAUCGACGUGUACGCUCUGGGCCUGGUGCUGUGGGAGCUCGCCUCCCGCUGUAAGGCCGCUGACGGUCCAGUGGAUGAGUACAUGCUGCCGUUUGAGGAGGAGGUGGGUCAGCAUCCAUCUCUUGAGGACAUGCAGGAAGUGGUCGUCCAUAAGAAGCUGAGACCAACGCUCAGAGAAUGCUGGCAGAAACAUGCUGGUCUGGUGAUGCUUUGUGAGACUAUCGAGGAGUGCUGGGACCACGAGGCCGAGGCGCGGCUGUCCGCGGGUUGCGUUGAGGAGCGCGUUGUACAGGUGCAGCGGCAGACGAGCGUCACAGCACCAGAGGAGAUCGUUACAGUCGUUACCAUGGUAACUAACGUGGACUACCCACCAAAAGAGUCAGGUCUAUGACUAGGCCGAGGACCAAUCAGGAUGGAGCAUGGACUCCCACAGUAAGCCGUCUGGCUCCAAUCACAGCUGGAGGGAGGGAUCAGCUGACCAGGUGAGGACAGUCUAGUGGAUGCUCUCUCCUCCAGGUGAGCCUCACUGAUGUCCACCCCUCCUCUGACAUCAUUUCCUGUUUGUUUAACUAAACAGAAGACUUGCUGGCGGACCUUUUCUACGUACUGUGACAGGAAAUGCUGUGAUAUUUUCAGAAUAAAAGAGGCAAGUGUCAGUAGUUUUAGCUUCUGAAUGUCUGAAUCCUGCUGUUAAUUUCCUGAUUUUAUGGGCAGAGUUCCACCGUUUAAUCAGCUCAUUAUAAUCAUGGUGUAAAUAUUUAUAAGUUAUUCUAUUUACAGCCAGCCUUUUUCAUCCUUUGUCCCCUCAGACUUCAUCAGACAGACAAAAGACAUGAGGUUCUAUCAAAGAGGCACAUUUAAACCUUUAUUUCAGUGUUUUUAUCAACACUGGGUGUUUGACAUUCACCUUUAAUCGUUAUAAUCAUGUAUAUAUUCAGAAGUUAUUCUGCAUUUUCAUCAAUCAGGUUCUGUCAGAUUUAAUCUGUAUCAACACUAACUCUUAUAAAUUCACUGUUUCCUCCUUUUGACCUGUAAAACUAUUUAUGAAGUAACCACUGACACUUUUUCCUUAAAAAAAGAAAAAAAAAAAAAGGUUCUCUUCAACUCCAUGGAUUUGAAGACAA